AUGACCAUUAAAGGAUUUGUCCAAUUUGUAAAUAAGAAAAUUCCGAAUACCAUCAAAAGAAUAGAUGAUAUAAAAAGUUUCACGGGGAAAAAAUUCAUAAUUGAUGGGACCUUUUUCAUAUAUAAGUUUAUGUACGUUGCUUGGAAACAUAUAAUUAAUGACAGAAAUCGUGAACGAAAAUAUAAAGCUAAUGAAUUGACAACACAUAUACUAGUAAGGCAAUAUAUUAUUAAAAAAAGUAUAGAAUUAUUGAAAAGUCAGUAUGAAUAUUUUAAAUCAUUAAAAAUUAACACACUUUAUAUUAUUGAAGACAUUGGGGCUAGGUAUGAAUUACAACCACUGGAUUAUAAAUGUAAGAAACAUGUAUGGAAAGAAAGAGAUUCUCUGAGGAAAAAAAAAAAUCUCUUUGACAUUUUAAACAUAGAUAUGUCCAGAGGUGGAGGUGGGAAAAAUGGAGAGUCCCUGAGUGACACUAUUGUUGGAAAUUCUCACAAAAAUGGUGGAGACACAAUACAAAAUACUAACACUGGUACGAACGGAGGCAUGAACAGCAGCACAAGCAGUAAUAAACCAUUUUGUGAGCGUAAGAGCAGUCUCAGCAGUAUGUGCGAAAGUAAGAACUCGAAAAAAUGCAAAAUGGAAAUUAUUGUUGAUGAAGAUGGUAUUCACGAUAUAUUUAAAAAAAAUAUUUUUAUAAAAAUUAAUUCUAAAACAGCGAAUGAUAUUUAUAAUUAUUUGUCCAUAGAGAAAAUACCAAUUUUUAUAACAAAAAAUGAUGCAGAAAAAGAAUGUGCAAUUCAAUGUUCUCAUGAAAAGGAUAUUGUCGUGUCCGAUGACACUGAUGCUUUGGCAUUUGGAGCCCCUAAUUUAAUACGUUUUAUAAUGAAUAAAAAAAAAAGACAUAUAAUUAACAAAGAUGAGCUUCUUAACGAAUUAAAUAUAAAUUAUGAACAGUUCAUAGAUUUUUGUAUAUUAUCUGGCUGUGAUUAUAGCGCUAAAAUACCAGGCAUUGGCCCUGUGAAAGCGCACGAAAUUAUUAAAAAAUACAAAACUAUAGAAACAUUUUUAAAGUCUAAUACUUUUAACAAAUAUAAAAAUUCCAAAUUGUUCAAUCAGAAACUAAAUGGAAUAUCCAUGUCAUUUAACGAUUACAUUCUUAACGAGUUUACGUAUGAACAGGCAAGGAAGGUCUUUUUUAAUUCCUACUGA